GAGGUCUUCAAAAGUCCAUUCAAUAUAUCUUUUGGACUUCUUUCAAGUCACGAAUGUCAAAAAUCCGGAGAAGGGAACAGAGAGUCACACAAUAUUUGCUGCGUUGAUCAAUAACUGGAAUGGAUGCAACGUCUGCAAAACGUAUAAAAAGAAAUCUCGUUUUCUUCAAGGAAAACAUCACUCAAUUGAGUAAAGUAAUGGACAAAUUAAUCGAGACGGACUCUAUAAGUAUGGAGGAAAAGGCUGAAAUACUAGCAGAGAAAAGUGUAGACACACAAUGUCAUCUUUUGUUAGAAUUGUUGAUGAAGCGCGGUGGAUUUGAUUCAUUGAUUGAAUCACUGAAAAUAUCUGGAAACGGUCAUGUGGCUGACAAAAUACUCAAAACUGAUGUUUGCUCUCAGAAAGGGACAGUCUCUAUGGCUGAAAAGAUCCCCAAAACAGACGAUGUUGUCAGCAAACAAAAUGAUAAAAACCAAUUACAGAAAGCGGACACAUUCUUUGUGUUUGAUGACCGGAAGGAAGAAAUAAUUCAGUUAAUCAAAGAGAGAGAAAUGGUCAAAAUGAAGUACAAUGAACUUUCUAAUAAGUACAGGAAGAUAAAAACAGAUAACAAAACCAAAUCGGAGGAUAUAAAAAUAUUAAACGAGGAAAUCGAUUCGCUACGGUGUCAGUUAGCAGCAGUUGAAAAAAGAGCGUCAAAUAUUAAAGACGAACUUAAAAAGCGAAACAAAGACAAGGACAAAAAAGUUGAGCCUAAACCGAAGUUAUUGGUAGACCGGAGAGAUGUUGGAAUUGAUGCCGUUGAUGGUCCACUGGACGAGGUUCCGAAAGAUGUAGGGUGUCAUAUUGAUUCCGAAGAGUUACUUCUCCGAAUGGAAGAGCAGACUAUCAGCAUAGAAACACUGACUGAAGAGGCGACACACUAUAACAAUUUGAUUGAGACAUUAGAAGACCAAAUCGAAGAACUUAAGGCAAGCAUUGCACAAAAGGAUAAUAAUAUUAUGACUCUACGUAAUAAUGUUGGGAAAUUACAGGUGCAUCUUCAAGCUGGGCGUCAAGAAAGAGAGAAGAUUUCGGCAGAACUGCGCGCAGAACUGGAUAAAAACCAGAAACGUCAUGAUGAAAGAUUUGAUCAAAUUGACGAUAAGAUGGAGUAUAUCAUCAAACUUAUAACAAUGAACAGAAAUGUUCCGAGACAACAAAAACAAAAUAAGUUCAAUAAAAAGUUUGGUCGUUAGAUACGAUGCACUCCAUGUACGAGGGUCUGGAUGGGGAAGAGGGGGGAGGUGGUCCCUCAUUUCUUUAUUUUUUAAAUUUUUUAAAUUUUCAUUUAAUUUUUCUUUAUUCUUUACCUCUUUUGCUCAUUAUUCUCUAUUCGAAAUAUUUUAGCAACCCAUCAUUAUCUAUUCUUGUUUUUUCUCUUUUUUUUACGUUUUAUUCUGCACUUUUUACCCAUUAACUUUUAUUCUGUAAAACUCAUCCAGACCCUCAUGUACACAUGUUAAUAAUGUUUUAUUGUGGUUUCAAAAGUACAAACUAUAAUAACUUGGUUGUAUGAUAUCAAACAAACGCGAGUCUGUCGUACCAAAUUAUAUGCCUGGUUUAUUUGAUGAGUUUUAAUUUCGGAUGUACUCUUGUUAUCAAAAGUUUUAAGUGGUUCAAGUAAGGAAAGACUUUAAUAUUUUUUCUGUCUAUGAAGAAAUAACAUCAAAAAAGUGGUGUACACUGAAUAACGCGCUUAGCGGAUUAUUUAAAAGUGUGCACCACAUUUUUGAGGUCAUUUCGAAUAGACAAAAAAAAAUAUUACAGUCAUUCCUUAUAAUUUAAUGCUAAAUACCAUUUUUAUUAAGGAGUAGAUCAUAAAAACGUUGAUGACGUCACGAUCACAUGACAAAAUUAUGUCUAUGAGCUGAUAGACAAAAAACUUUCAGCCAAUCAGAAUUUCAAAAUUAAAUUGUAUACGUAUAAACGAUUAUAAUUAGGUCGUUUUAUACAAUGCCUUCCAUAUAAUGAAUUAAUUAAAUCGUGAAUAGAGUUUAUUGUGGUUUAAAAACUGUAAACACAAUUUAAUUGUUUUUUUUUUACCAAUAACUUACUAUACGGUAUGGGUUUUUCUCAUUGUUGAAGGCCGUACGGUGAACUAUAGUUGUUAAUUUCUGUGUCAUUUGGUCUCUUGUGGAGACUUGUCUCAUUGGCAAUCAUAUCCAUCUUAUUUUUAUAUUUGAAGUCUACAAAUAAAAGCAUGAUACUUUCUCAAGACGCGGAAUCAAAUUAAAAUAAAGUCCCCAAUCUGACAUAAUGUUGCUAAAAGAGAGGCAAAGGAUACCAAAGGGACAUUCAAACUCACGAGUCGAAAAUAAACUGACAACGCCAUGGCUAAAAAAGAAAAAGACAAAGACAAACAGACAAACAACAGUACACAAAACACAACAUAGAAAACCAAAGACUGAGCAACACGAACCCCACCAAAAACUAGGGGUGAUCUCAGGUGCUCGGGAAGGGUAAGCAAAUCCUGCUCCACAUCGUUCACCCGUCAAAUUGCUCAUGUUAGUACAAACCCGGUGAUAAGUCUAAUUACUUAUUUAUACAUCUCUAUAUAAAAAAUCGUUGGUGUGAUUGUCAUACCAGAGACCUAAUCUAACACAAUACCAGAUCUAAUACAGCCAAAUAGUCUUUACUGUCAAACGGAUGAUAAUAACAGGUGACGAUAUUUCUUCCCCCAUAUAGGUAUUUUGCAUAUAACUUGCUCGAUAUUUAUAUCAAGCAUGCAAUAAGGAAGAUUUCAUACACAAAUGAUUCAUUUGUUAAACGUACAAAAAUGUUGUUUCGUGUUAUUUUGAGCGUAAAUUUGUUGGUUUGAUUGGGUUUUUUUUCUUCUAAUGUGUCUUUUUGCUAUGUUUUAAUUCUUGCAGAAUUGUGUUUAUUUAUUUGAUUUAAACAAUUAAAGUCUAGUUAUAUAU